GUUACAGACGACGGAGAGUCAGCCUCCGGAGCCCACGGAAUAGCCCGGUUUUGCCAUGUUCUUGUGAGAAUAUAAUAUCACAUUUAAUCGUAAAAUUCAAAUAUUAAUUAAAAAUGUUUUAUUUAUUAGCUUGCGUAAAUUCAUUUUUGAAACAUUUGUUAUUUUCAAACAAUGUCUGUAUUUCGAUCCGUGAGUGAUUUGAAUAAUCAGUGGUUAGAACAAUCUUUAUGGAGGAUUUUUCGAUGAUUAUUAUAUGCAAGGUUUCCUUGACAUUCUCGAUGGCUUAAAAAUGAAGACUACUGACUGCUACUAAUGACCUCAAAAUGACGAACGUCAAGUUAAAACUUCUUUUCUAUCUUUUGAACUCUCUAUUAUCAGUUGAUUUAGUGCACUCUCGGCCUUUCUCUGCUAAUGUCACUGACUUUAUUAAUAACAACAGCACCUUUACGAUACCAGUCGACUCUAACUCUGAUACUCUUAUUGUUGCCAACGGAGAAGACCCAGCCGAUGAGACACCAGAAGAGACAAAUAAAAGCUCUAAUAAACAAAUGGAAGCAAUUGUCAAUGCAGAACAGGAUAGGGAUGAAGCUCUCUCGGAAAAGGUGAUUAAGGAUCAAGUGAGCAUUUUAGAAAUGACCAAAAAUGAGGCAGAGGCAUUCGAAAAACAAUUAAACACGUCAAGUCCUCUACUGGAGUCAAUGAUCGAUUCGGAAUCCGAUAGAGAAGAAACUUUGACGGACAUUUUAUUCAGGCCUGAAUCGGAGUUCGUUGAGGGUCCCAGAUUCGAAUUCUUGAUCGCUCGGCUCAAUGAGACUGAUGGUAAUAGGACUGCUGUGUUCAGUGAUAACAAUUUAGAUAGAGUUGAUAAGAACUCUAGUGAUGUACUCAAAAGGGUUGACUAUGUGGAAUUAGUGGAAGUAGAGAAGCCGAAUAUAAGUGAAAAUAAGAGUGCUUAUAGCUUUGGUAAUAUCACAGGACAUGAUGUGGACAACGAUCUUGCGCCAGACACGAUUCUGUCAAUGUUCUCAGGUUACUCCGAUGUGCAGACUUUAUUCAUGGCUUGCUUCGGAACAUUGUUGCCGCUGCUGGCAGCACUCUUCAUAACAUUACUUGUACGAUGUAUGUGCAGGCGGUGGUGUGCGAAGAAACCAGUGCCGUCUUCAGCUUCGGUGACGAGUAGCAAACCAGACAGCAAUGAACAGACGAAGUCGCCCGAAGAUGGAGAUACAGGAGGGGAAACUCCGCCAGGAAACGGUUCAGUCUUUACAAUGACGCUAAAGAAUAAUCAUCUUAUUGUCGAAACGGAAGAGAGGAAUGAUAUCACUAAGAAUGGACGGGCAACAAAAAUGAAAUACUCACCCGACAACGACGGAAUCUUCGUAGUUGAAGUUCAACAAUCAAACUCUUACAGACCCAAUAAUAAAGACCACCAAAAUUCAUAUACCCAGGACCCUCAGAUAUCUACAAAUCAAGCUCUCAUCCACCGUGUACCAGAUGAGUACGAAAAGCGUAUCGUUGAAGAUGAUAGCGAAAGAAGUAGUGAAAAAUUUGAUCGACAAUUGGCGUUAUCCAGUACAGGACUUUCCAUCUCAGACCUCAGUAUGUCCUCCAUUGGCUCUCAUAAUGUUACCUAUUCGUACAGCAGUCAGAUGGGUUACGAACAAGGGCCGUUCGGAUAUCCAAUAUACGCAGGCUAUGAUGUAUCGAAAGAUGAUACAGCCGAAAGUUUAAUUCACGAUAACUCACAGGAACCUUUAAUUGGUAAAACGCCAACUGAUCCCGAUAAACCAGUAGUUACAGCGGCAAUUUUCAAACAAGAUUCUGUAAUCAGUAAUGAUUUACUACAAGGACCAGUAUAUUGCAUCGAAGGUUCGUCCGAUGGCCCCUUACUAUCUGAUGUUCAAGCGCGAGAGAUAAGUCUCCAAAAAAUUCACGAUAAGAAAGAAAAGAAGAUGGAGAACGGCGUAGCAGUGGCCAUGGCUGAAAAAUUUGAGAGCCCAAUAAAAAUAUUCACACGAUUUGAUUCAGUUGCGACCCCUGAUGUUAAUAUCAAGGAGACAAAUGUGGCAGAUAUUCCUAAAGAUGUCUUAAAAGGCAAACGUGCAUCUUUACCCGUGAUUCGAACUGAAAUGUAUGAAUCAGUGAAAGAUGUUAUUCAAGCUGGUUCACCAAAGUUUGAGAGAUUGAAUAAUGACAUGUCGCCAGGUGAGGUGUUUUACGAUACCCCUCCGAUGAUAACAAUCACAGAAGAGAGCGAAUCAAAGCCAGAUGAUACUAGUUAAUUUUUAAUAUGUAUAUAGAAGUAAUAUUUUAGUAUUAUAUUCCUUUCGCUUGGCUAAAUGUGGUGAUAUUAUCAAUAUUGACAUUUUAUUGAUUUUUGUUUUAUUGAUGAUAUUUCUGUGUAAAUUGCAUGAGUUUAAUUACGUAAUUUGUAACUCUCGGGAAUUAAACGAUAAAUGAACCUUUAAUCUAAGUUUAAUCUUGUAUUGGGUCUUGCGUUUUUUUUAUAAUAAUAAGAAGCAGAAGACGCAAGUGGAAAAUUAGCUAAUGCUAUAUAUUGGACAAUCAAUUUACAUAAGUAAUUAUUAAUUUUAUGUAUAAAAUCCAUUAUCGUUAGUGAAUUGUUAUAAUUAUUAAAGUUAGUACAUAAUUAAGAGGUUUAUAAAGCUAUCUAGUGCUCUUUAACGCAAAAUUAUUAAUUUCUUAUGCAAAUUGAUUGUAAAAUUAUAAAUAGAUACAUUUUUAUUUGGAACCGAUUACAAAAAUGCGCUUUAGUUUGUAUUAAAGACAGAAUUAGUAAAAAGUAAAGUCUCAUACAUAUAAACCACAUUUAGAAUUGUAAAUUUUUUCCUUCUUAGAAAUAAGUAGCUUUUAAAGUAAUUUUAAAAUUAUUUUAUUUUACGAUUGUCUUAUUGAAUUACUUUGAAUGGAUUGAUUUAAUAUAUUUAAGUACAUAAUAUGGACGGCAGAAUUAAAAAAGUA